GAGUCUUAAACAACCUGAAAGAGACGUUUACGCAUACGCCGAGUUAUGACAUGAGCCCCGCCAUGCUCAGCGUGCUGGUCAAAAUGAUGCUCGCACAGGCCCAGGAGUGCGUGUUUGAGAAGAUCAGUCUGGCUGGCAUCCGGAAUGAGUUCUUCGCGCUGGUCAAGGUGGCUCAGGAGGCAGCCAAGGUGGGAGAGGUCUACCAGCAGCUGCACACGGCCAUGAGCCAGGCACCUGUGAAAGAGAACAUCCCCUACUCCUGGGCCAGCGUGGCCCGAGUGAAGGCUCACCACUACGGGGCCCUGGCCCACUACUUCUCUGCCACCCUCCUCAUCGACCACCAGCUGAAGCCUGGCACGGACAUGGACCACCAGGAGAAGUGCCUGUCCCAGCUCUACCACCACAUGCCAGAGGGGCUGACGCCCUUGGCCACACUGAAAAAUGACCAGCAGCGCCGACAGCUCGGAAAGUCACACCUGCUCAAAGCCAUCACCCUCCACGAGGAAUCGGUGAGAGAGGCCAGCCUGUGCAAGAAGCUGCGCAACAUCGAGGUGCUGCAGGAAGUGCUGUCAGUGGCACACCAGCGCUCCCGGCUCAAGUACGCCCAGUACCAAGAGGACGAUGACCUCCUGACCCUUGUCGACGCUCCUGACAUUAUUUCUAAGACCCAGCAAGAGGUUGAAGUCAUAUUGCCCCAGUUCUCCAAGGUGACAGUGACGGACUUCUUUCAAAAGCUGGGGCCCCUGUCCGUGUUUUCAGCCAACAAGAGGUGGACGCCUCCUCGAAGCAUUCGCUUCACCCCAGAAGAAGGGGACCUGGGAUUCACCUUGAGAGGGAAUGCCCCUGUUCAGGUCCACUUCCUGGAUCCCCAGUGCUCUGCUGCGCUGGCAGGAGCCAAGGAAGGAGACUAUAUCGUUUCCAUUCAAGCCGUGGAUUGUAAGUGGCUGACCGUGAGCGAGGUUAUGAAGCUGCUGAAGGGCUUUGGCGAGGAAGAGAUUGAGAUGAAGGUUGUGAGCAUGCUGGACUCCAUGUCAUCCAUGCACAAUAAAUGUGCCACGUACUCCGUGGGAAUGCAAAAGACUUACUCCAUGAUCUGCUUAGCCAUCGAUGACGAUGAUAAAACUGACAAAAGCAAGAAAAUCUCAAAAAAGCUUUCCUUUUUGAGUUGGGGCACCAACAAGAACAGACAGAAGUCAGCCAGUACCCUGUGCCUCCCGUCCGUUGGGGUGGCCAGGCCUCAGAUCAAGAAGAAGCUUCCCACUCCCUUCAGCCUCCUCAGCUCCGACAGCUUUCUCUACUAACGGGAGGAAAGCAAAUGGCAGGCACAAAGCGUUUCCAAGCGCUGACUCGGCCCUCAUCUGUGCCAGGAUGGAAAAUAUCAACAAGAGUCUCAUUUUCUGUGCCAGCUUGCACUUGAUGUGUUUUUAUGAAGGAAGGCAACAAGAAACCUCUGGAAAUUUCUGGAAAACAAAUCUAUCGGAGGAAUAUCACUGUAUUGCCACAGUUUAUUUAUUACAUGUUGUAAAUAGAAUAAUGUUGACAUUAGGCUGUUUUUAACGGUUUGCAGUAGUAACUGUAGUCCCUGCUAGUUAAACUGGAGUUACGUAUGUUAGUGCUGUUUGUUAUAGUUUCCAGGUUUGGGUAACGGCUGUUCCCAAUCCUAGAAUUCAGAUGACCCCUGACUGAAGGUAGGUCAACCAAGGCUCUAACCACAGCCUAAAUUAGUGUUACAAAAAGCUGUUCCAACCAGCUGCUUCUUAAAGGGACUUCAUUAACCUGAUUACUUCUACAUAAUAUGAAUGCUUUUACCAGAUAGUCAAGUGCCAAAUUUGUCUUGACUGGUUCAAUUUUGGAACAGGUUUUCUCCUACAGUUUGACGUCCUUCAGGAGUUGCUAACACAGUGGCAGUGUUAGGUGAAGAUGCUGUCUACAAGGUAGAUUACUAUACUGUUUGAUACUCAAAACAUUUCUUUUGUUUAAAGCAGAAAAUACUAAAUUAUAUAUUUUAAGAGUUAGGUAUAAAAAGUACUUUUGCUUUUUCGAAGAUGUAAAUGAUUCAAGUUUAUAGUUCUCUUUGACCUUUAGAAAUCAAGUUUUUACGCACUGCUUUCUCUUGCUUACGGUGGAUGAUACUGUGACUCUUUGAGUCCCUGUUGACAUAGUGCAAGUUACAUAGGGUAAAGAAAAACAAAACAAAACGAGCAUUGAAAUCCAAACCUGAGAAUUAACAAGGGUUUAAGUAUUUUCUGUUGUGCAAUAUUUUAAGGGAAACAACUGCCUUUGGGCAAAUGCGGUCAUAGCUCCUGGGUUAAGUCUGAGUAAAUAAACACAUUGAUUUAUCUGA